AGAUCACCCGAGCUCUUCGUAUCCGGAUGUGAGUCGGAAGCGAAGCGAAGGCCCGAAUAAACGCUGAGAGCCGUCAUGUUUUGACAGGGAAGGAGCAGAGAGAGAGCAGACGAGGACGCGGACACCUGCUACUGCUUAAACGACACAUAAACACAUCGCCGAGGGACGUCAAGCCUGCCUUGGGACCAGACGGUUUAACCUGACCAGUCGUAACUCAGGACCUCCAGUCUUUCGUCUCUUCUUUCUGUCCCUGUGGCCUGUGGCCCAGGUUUGAGCACCUCGCCCCAGCAGAGAAUCUUUGUGGCACUAUGGCGGGUCGACCCAAUGGGCCGGCCGCAGGGAAUAAAAUCUGCCAGUUUAAACUAGUUCUUCUUGGAGAAUCGGCAGUGGGCAAGUCCAGCCUUGUCCUGCGAUUUGUCAAAGGACAGUUCCAUGAGUACCAGGAGAGCACAAUUGGAGCUGCGUUCCUCACACAGACAGUAUGCUUGGAUGAUACGACAGUAAAGUUUGAGAUUUGGGAUACUGCUGGGCAGGAGCGAUACCACAGUUUGGCCCCCAUGUACUACAGAGGAGCUCAGGCUGCCAUUAUAGUCUACGAUAUUACUAAUACAGACACAUUUACGCGAGCUAAGAACUGGGUGAAGGAGCUGCAGCGGCAGGCCAGUCCAAACAUCGUCAUUGCUCUGUCCGGGAACAAAGCCGAUCUGGCCAAUAAGAGAGCAGUCGACUUCCAGGAGGCUCAGGAAUAUGCUGAUGAAAACAGCCUGCUGUUCAUGGAAACCUCCGCCAAAACUGCAAUGAACGUCAAUGAGAUCUUCAUGGCCAUUGCUAAGAAGCUGCCGAAGAACGAGCCUCAGGGUGGUGGAGGGGCGAGUGGGCGGGGCCGGACCGGUGUGGAUCUGCAAGAAUCCGCCCCUCAGGCCUCCACUAGCAAGUGCUGCGGAAAUUAACUCAUCAAACAAUCACCUCAAAGGGUCCAAAACAACAUAACCUUGGAAACAGACAGACCGUUUAUUAGAAGGAGAGCAAUCGCACUUAAGAGAGAUUAUUUCUGCAGAUUUUUUGUGUUUUUAUUUUUUGUUUGUUUGUUUUUUGUUUUGUGUGUUUUUUUUUUUUUAUCAAAUCAGUUUUGUAAGAAUCAUAAGCUAGAGGGAGUUCCACAGUGCCUCUCUCUUUCUCUCUUUCUUUUUCGCUCUCUCCCCAUGUCUCGAAUUCUUAUCAUUAUUUUACGGAAAUACUAACAUGAUUCUGUCUUAAUCAUUUUAAAGGUCGAGAGAUAAAUACCUGAUAUAAUGUAUGUUUUUUGGUGAUGGGUGCAUGUAGCAUUUUUUUCCUAUUUGUAUUCUUUUUUUUUUUUCUUUCUUUCAUAUACCGAUCUUCCUUAUCAGCACGUAACAGAGACUUGGGGAGGGCAAAAAUGAAUCUCACACUUCCAAAUUUGUGUAUUGUUUUGUAAAUGAACUAGUAUUGUUUUUAUUACAACAGCUCCACCUUGGAUAUAUCAUGGCAUUACUGGGUUUAGAUAGCACACGCAUAUGGGUGUACAUCUGAUCAGUGUAAUUCGUUAACUCCAUUGAAGUGCAGUCAGCAUUACCACUUACACCUGAAAACAUUUUUAGCAUCAUGUUUUUUUUUCAAUCUGUAAGAUAUUAUGGCUUCAAAAGAAGAAUAAAAAAGUUAAGGGGACAGA